AGUGGCUGAGGGGAGGACAGGCGUAUUCACAUUGUGAGAGAGACAGGUCCGUACACACAGGAAGAGAGACUGCUCUGCCUCAACAGACCGGCUUAGAGACAGCAAUACCGGGGAUUCCAGGGUCCCAUACGAAGCUUGGGGAGGAAAGCACGUCUUACCGACAUGGAUCCGUUCACAGAGAAACUACUUGAAAGAACUCGCGCAAGGAGAGAGAACUUGCAGAAGAAGAUGGCUGACAGGCCUACAGCCGGAGGAAGGUCUGCCGUAAUGACAAAGAGGCCCAGAGAACCGCUUGCCGAGACAAACCAUCAGCCGCCAGCUCCGACAGAAGAUGCUAAACCCUGCUCAAAGCCUUCCCCUUCAAAGAGACGCUGCUCAGAUAACGUUGAAACUCAAGCCCCGGGCUCCGAGAACAAGCAUCCAAAAAGCCCUGAAGGGAAUAAGAACGCGCAGUCUUCUGAGAGUAUGUCGCACGUCCAAGUGAAGACCACAACGAGGACCUCUCCAGAGCCUGUGUCAUCUACAGAUAAACAGGAGCAGAGCUCAAAUUCCGAAGCAGAGGCCGCUGCUUCAAUGAAGAUGCGCAUGCAGAGGUUGGCAGCACAGAGACAUUACUGGGAUAAUGAUGGGAGUCCGCCAGGUUCACCCCCUAAACCUAUUCCAACAAAAGAUGUCGUGGCUUCUCCUCCAAAGACCUCGGCUCCUGUUGUCGCUGCUGAUACUCCCAUGGGCAGGCGAGGCCGCUUUGCCAACCUUGCCGCUACUAUUGGCUCGUGGGAGGAUGAUCUAAGUCAUCCUUGUGUCAAGCCGAACAAUACACAAGGAAAGCCUGGCACUGCUUGUUUAUCAAAAGUGUCUACUGCAAGUUCAGCAUCUGCCAGCAUCAAUAGUCGUAGUGUAAAGCAGGAGGCCGUGUCCUGUUCCCAAAGACCCAAGGAGGACACCGUGAAUAAAGUCACAGUCCCUACAACACUGACAAAUAGAUCAGCUGUAGCCAAGUCCUUAAAUUCAUCUGCUACCUCCGCCAACCCCACAGAAAAAACAAAAUCCUCAGUGGUUCAGUCAGCUAGUCUUGUCCCUUCCAAGCUGAGGGAGAAUGAUUCGGCACCAUCUUCCGUGGUAAAGCCACUUGCAGUCAACCUCCCCAGCCCACAAAAAACGGAGAGACCCACCUCAAAGAUAUACUCGGCCCACCAAACUGUGUCCAGUGAUGAUUCCAAUAAGGGGACUCCUGUACACUCUCAGCAAAAAGACAAAGCUACAACCCCAGGUGGACCAGGAAUAAAGUCUUUCUUGGAACGUUUUGGGGAGAAGUGUCAGGAGCGAAGUCCUGCUCCAGUGAAUGCUGGACACCGAGCCCCUGUUUUGACACCAAAUACAAGGAGUAUUCAGGAACAGUUACUGAAGAAGAAUGUUUCAAGCACAGCUAGCUUAACCCAAAUACAAAAACAGGAGCGUGAGAAGGAACUUGCAGCUCUUCGUGGACGAUUUGACAGGGGUAGUGUUUGGUCUGAGAAGGAGGAUUCAUCCAAAACAAAGCAAAAAGAUCCACAGAAGGAAGAACAAACGCACCCUGUCACUGCCAGCAGACCACCCAGGCCUGAUGUGACUACCCAAUCGGUACCAGAGAAAACAAAGCUGUGUGGCAUCCAAUCCACGAAGGCUGAUUCAACUGCAGAGGUGAUGGCAGAGCGGAUCCGCAGUCCUCAGAAAACUGUAAACACGCGUGAAGACUCCCAGGCGCCAUUGGAAAAACCAAACGCCAAUAAGGAAAUCACUUCCCCCAGAAACACUGCAGAGGUGUUCCGUGAGAUCGAGAUGAACGUUGAUGGUGAUGAUGAUGAAAUUGACGAGAUUAACAGUUCUGAGGUGAUCACUAGCAUAUUUAGUGAUGUUCUUGACGACAAAGAUGAGGAAGCUGGUGAUGAUGAUGUGAAUGAUGAGCAUGCCACGUCCAAACAUGUGGAGAAAGUCAGUGCUACUGAAAGUGAAGAAGAAAGUGAUGGCGAUUGUGAAGAGGAGGAUCCCCUGAACAUUUCCUCAAUGUCUUUGUUGGCUCCUUUAGCAGAGACUGUUGGUGUUGGGAGUCCUGAGGUCCUUCUCUCCCCCUCCAAGGUGGCGGUGGAAAGUAGUGACAGCCCAAAGUCUGUCAGCUUUCAGAGAAGGUGUUUACCCAGAGCAGAGUCUAAGGAUGGCUGUAUUUCCACCGAGGAAAACCAGAAUCUUUUGUACAGUAUUGAUGCUUACAGAUCUCAAAGGUUUAAGGAGACAGACCGUCCUCAGGUUGUCCAAACCAUUGUCCGGAAAGAAAAUGUGACCUCCAGACUAGAGGAACGAAAACCUGCCUCUCCACGACCUGUAAACAUAAAGCAGAAAAUGAAGGUGCUGAACAAUGAGAUCAACCUGCAGCAGACGGUGAUUCAUCAAGCUAGCCAAGCUCUCAAUUGUUGCAUAGAUGAGGAUCACGGGAAAGGAUCACAAACCGAAGCCGAGGCUGAGCGAUUGCUUUUGUUAGCAACUGAGAAAAGAGCAGCUUUGAUUGCUGAACUUAAUAGAAUAAAGACUGAAGGACCUCAGAGUCAGAAGAGACUGGACGCCCAGGUUAAUGAUAGCGCACCAUCUAGAGGUCUUCUAACCGUUUCAGAAAUGGUCCUACCUCUCAAAGCUGACUUUGUUUGCAACACAUCCCAAAGACCAGACUCUGCAAACUACUACUUCUUCAUAAUGAUCCGCUCUGGAGCAGAGAACAUGGUAGGAACACCACUUGCAAGCAUAUCGAGCUCCAUGAAGGGAGAUGCUCUGACGUUCCCAACGUCUUUUACUCUUGAGGAUGUUUCCAGUGACUUUGAAAUCUAUAUUGAUGUUUACAGCUUGGUACAGAGAAAGGAAGGGCCUGGAACAGACAAGAAGAAAAAGGCAAUGAAAUCUAAGGCAAUCACUCCAAAGAGACUUCUCACUUCAAUUACAAAGAGCAACAUUCACACACCAGCUUUGGCAAGUCCAGGUGGCCCGAAUGCUGUCCGUACCAGUAACUUUGUUCUAGUUGGAUCUCACAAGCUCUCACUAUCUUCGGUCGGGAGCAACAAAUUCCUUUUGGACAAGGUGCCAUUUUUGUCUCCAUUGGAAGGACACGUAUGUCUCAAACUAAAGUGUCAAGUAAAUUCAUUUGUUGAAGAAAAGGGGUUCUUGACAAUGUUUGAAGAUGUAAGUGGUUUUGGAGCAUGGCAUAGACGUUGGUGUGUGCUUUCAGGAUAUUGUAUUUCUUACUGGACCUAUCCAGAUGAUGAGAGACGGAAGAAUCCCAUUGGCCGAAUAAACCUUGCAAACUGCACCAGCAAAAAAAUUGAACCAGCCAAUCGAGAGUUCUGUGCCCGGCCCAACACGUUUGAACUUAUAACGGUCAGACCACAAAGAGAAGGCGACACAGAAACCCUAGUCAGUCAAUGCAGAGACACACUUUGUGUCACCAAGAACUGGUUAUCUGCAGACACAAAAGAUGAAAGGAACCUCUGGAUGCAAAAGCUAAACCAAGUUCUGGUGGAUCUCCGCAUGUGGCAACCAGAUGCUUGCUACAGGCCUGCAUACUAGGCUUCGUACAGCCAUAUUUACUUCAAACUGCCUCUUAUUGUACAGCAACUUCUAUAUGGUGUAAAGUUUGUUAAAAAAAAAAAGGCUUCAUGCAUUAUUUCUAACCAUUCUUAGAAUAUAUGAUCCAUUCAGAAUUGUGUUUUUUUUCCCGCUGUUUUUGCCAUAUCAGUUGACAAGACUCUGUAUCUGGUAUCAUACUAAAAUGGUUAAUGUGUGCCAUCUAUUACUCUAUAUAUUAUACAUUGUAUACACUCAUUUACCUUUGGGGGAGCUUUAAUAGUAGGCAGCGUUAUGUGCAAUAUAAAGAUUUAGCUUUUGGUUGCUACCAGUUUAAACCCAAUUUUAAUGGCUGAAGGCAUGGCAAACUUAUUUUAUCAUUCUGCUGUACAAGGCUGAACCCAAACACAGCCUGGAUUUAUAGCAAUAUCUAUAUAUUUCCUAUGCUUUUAAUUGUUUCCUUAAAAUUUGUCUUGGAAUUUAGUAAUCCUACUAUAAGCAAUGUCUGAGCAGUACCGUCCAAAGUCAAAAAAAGCAUACUGUGCAGAAUUUCUCUAAAAUUCCAAGAGCACACAUACUUGUCAAUGAGUGAUCAAAAGAAAUAGAUUAAAUUUAAUUACCUACACAUUGAUCCAUUUUGUUUAAUAGGAGCAUAGCGAACAAACCUGCAUCUGUCUUCUUUUCUUGGUUUUAUAAAAGCUGCUAUAUGAUGCCAGCUGAUUGCUUUACUGGCCAAAUGUUUUUAGUAUAGGUUAAUAACAAGGUUUUUGUAAAUAUUUCGAAGGCUUUUGUACUUUAGGCCCUGCAGAAUACAGUUGUUAGUGACCACCGGGA